GACCCACUGAAUUAGGCAGCUCUGCUGGAGGCAAACGCCCAUUAUCAAGCUCUCCCAGCCCCCUGCUCUGCAGCAAUGCCUUCAGCCUCGGACACCAACAUGAGGUUCAAGUUCUCCAUCCUAGCGCUCCUUCUGGAAGUGAUCACCAUUGUUUUGUUUGGGAUAUUUGUGGAGUAUAAAAUCGGUAGUGACUAUGACGCCUUAUACCCACAUUUUCAGGAUGUCCACGUGAUGAUAUUUGUUGGAUUUGGUUUCCUGAUGACCUUCCUGAAGAAAUAUGGAUUCAGCAGCGUUGGCAUCAACAUGCUCAUUGCUGCAUUUGGUCUCCAGUGGGGAACCCUGAUGCAAGGAUUUUGGCACAUGCAUGGAGGGAAAAUCCAAACUGAUGUCAGAAGCAUGAUAAAUGCAGACUUCAGUACAGCAACUGCUUUGAUUUCAUUUGGAGCAGUUCUGGGGAAAACAACUCCCAUUCAGAUGCUGAUCCUGACAAUUCUGGAGAUCACCAUCUUUGCAUGCAAUGAACAUCUAGUUGCCGAAGUACUUCAGGCCACAGAUGUUGGAGCUUCAAUGACUAUCCAUGCUUUUGGAGCUUAUUUUGGUUUGGCUGUAACCUUAGUGCUGUAUCGUCCUGGUCUGAAAAACAAACAUGAAAAUGAUGAAUCCACCUAUCACUCAGACAUGUUUGCCAUGAUUGGUACCCUGUUCCUUUGGCUGUUUUGGCCCAGUUUUAACUCUGCCAUUGCAAGUGGGGAAGACAUGACAACAGCAAUUAUCAACACUUACUAUUCCUUGGCUGCAAGUACCAUCGUAACAUUUGCCCUCUCCAGCUUGGUGGACAAAAGAGGCAAAUUCAGUAUGGUUCUCAUUCAAAAUGCCACCCUGGCAGGAGGAGUAGCAGUGGGUACCUGUGCUGACCUACACAUUUACCCUUUUGGUGCCAUGUGCAUUGGGAUCCUUGCUGGAAUUGUCUCUGUCCUUGGGUUCCGCUUCCUGUCUCCUCUGUUGGAAUCCAAGCUGAACAUUCAAGACACUUGUGGAGUUCAUAAUUUGCAUGGUUUGCCUGGAAUUCUGGGAGGUAUCGCUGGCAUCAUAGUAACUGCGGUAACAGACCAGACAAUGCAUGGUGUCCUGCUAACUCCUGGCAAGCAGGCCGCUGCCCUGGGAAGUACACUUGGAAUUGCACUGGUGGGAGGAGCAUUGACAGGUGCUAUUCUAAAGCUGCCCUUCUUGGGACAAGUCUCUGACCAGAACUGCUUUGAUGACUCUGUUUUUUGGGAGGUUCCAGAAGAGGAGAAAGGACAUGAAAUUCUCUCCAGCAACCGUGAUGAGAACAGCAGAUUUGAAGCUGCCAUGUAGAAAAAUAAUUAAUCUGUAAUAUUUGUGCUAAUGAAGCUCUUUUCCAUUUCUAAUGCUAAGAAAAAACAUCCAAGUAUUUUCCUUACAACCAGAGGGUUUUAAGAAGUAGCUGUAAAUAACUAUAUUUUUGUGAUAUAAAACAAGCUUGAUUUUAGAGUAUGUAGUCAUUACGCCAAGCCCAGGCGAAUUAAUUAGGUCUUUCUAAUAUAUUUGUUCAUCGUCAAAAUUAUCUAUAUUUUAUCUUUGGUUGCCACUGAGUCAAUAUAGCUAUUGUAACAAAUUUUGGGUUUCAAGAUUCCUCCAGGAUAAUAUAUUUAACUGCAAGAUUUCUGUGUUACAAUCACAUCCUUCAGCUGUGUAGAGGUAAUCAAGAAGAAAUUAAUUGAUAGUUUUUAUUCAGAUUCUAACAAGCUUUUCACCAGAGCAUCCCAUAUUAACUUUUUAAGAAAGUUUGUUGUCUUAUUUUUGGAUGGGGGUGGGGGGGAAUGGGCUGUGUUUUGAAGAUUGAUUACGACAGGAAACAAAAUAUUGAAGUCAUUCUUAUGGCAAAGCACAGAACACAGCGAUUGAUGAGCUACUCUAACUGGCAAUAUGAGUAUCAAAAUUCAUUGUUAAUAUGUUUAUUGAAAGGAAGAAGAAAGUGAAAUUGUGAAAAAUUUCAUUACAGUCACAGAUUUCUUUAGACUGUUUCAGGGACACAAUAAGGGAAUUGAGUAGGAGCUAUGAGAAUCAGGUGGUUGCAUAAUAUGCCUUAUUACAUUCAGCAGUAAUAAGUGGGUUGUAGCACUGGUAAUGUUAAUAAAUAUGAACUGAACUAAUGCUAGCUCCAAAAAAGCAUGAGUUGUUAGGAACUGAUUGGAAAGAAACCAUGUCCAACCUACAGAAGACUCAGAGAGGACUUCCAUGUGGUGAGUCACUGACCUUGAAGUCACUGUCUCCUAAAACAAGAGAAAGCAGAAAGAAGAAAUUUGAAGCUAAAUUAAUGUAAAUUAACUCCACCUGAGAAGUGAUGACAGUGGCUGCUCAGCUAAGAGAGAGAAAAAUUGAGGAAGGAACUCUACAAGAUGAGAGUAGCCGGGAGCAGAGUCACACCCCACAUCUGUGCCCAUGUGCAUGGAGUAAUCCAGGGAGAAGCAAUGGAUGGGAAAUCUAGCAGAAGGAACACUUCAGUGCAUUAUUUGGACAUGGAAAGCUACCACUGAUGUCUCAGAAGAACAAGCUAAAGUGGGUGAACUUUAAAGACUUUAUUUAUAUUAGCAUCUUAUUUCAAGUCUGACUCAUCAGACUAAAGAGAAAAACUCCUCUCAUAUAAAAUAGCACAUAUGUUUUCAGUUCUGCUGAUGUAUUUUUCCUUCAAAAACUUUAGAAAGAUACUAGUCAGGGUUGUCUCAUGUUAUAUCAGCUGUAUACUGCUAUAUAUGCCACAUUUCUACCUAUAGAUGAAAACACAUUUGUUGUAAUACACUUCAGUUCAGAUAUGCUCUUUUGCAGAUGUACAGCAAUUGGCUCUGUUCUACCUUGUUGGCUAUAAAAUAUGCUUUAUCCUUUCAAAGCUUUCACACAAUCAUAUUUGUAAAAAUGGAGAAGGUAUUUAACAAUGUAAAUACUGCAUAUGUAGAUAUUUUAGAAGGGAUUUUUUAUAAUUUGCAAAUUAUUGAAGUACUUGAAAAAUAUUCCAUAUGUAGACAGCCUUUAAAAAUCUUAUAUUCAAUACAGGAAUGUCACCCCUCAAAAUCUUGUUUGGGGAUUCAGAGGGUCUUUCUUUCACCUUACAGAGGUGAGGUAAUUUCACUGAUUCUGAGUGUUGACCACCCAGGAAUGCCUGAGUGAAGAAGUACCACUCACUGUCAGUAAAUCUUUCAGAAUUAUAGAAUCAUUAAGGUUGGAAAAGACCCCCAAGAUCAUCAAGUCCAACCUGGAAUGGAAUAUCACCUUUCCCACUAAACCAUAUUGUGAAGUGUCGUGUCUACUUGUUUUUAGAACCCUUCCAGGGAUGGUGAGUCCACCACUUCCCUGGGGAGCCUGUUCCAGUGUUUAACCCCUCUUUCAGUGAAGAAUUUUUUCCUAAUAUUCAGGCUGAGCCUUCUGUGGAGAAUGAUGCCCUCAACAGUUAUCUUUAGUUUUUGAAACAAAAAGGGGGAAAAUGAACUAUGCAGUUUGGUUCUCCAGUUCUCCUUAUAAUCUUUCCGUAGUAAUCCAGACCCUCGUCCUUCAAGAACUCAUUAUUGUCCUCUGCCUUUUCUUCUCAGAAGUUUCCUGUCCCAGACAAAUCAGUCAUUCAGGUUCUCUCAAAAAAACAGAGAAGGGAGAUGGAUCGUUUUGUUUAAUCAGAGCUUCAAAUGUUACUUUCUUUUCCAUGUCACUGUGCCCUUGAAGUGUAUGAUUUGUUCUUCUGAAGGGUCAUUUCCCUAAUUGCUCACCUCCAUACUUCAGCUGCCAGUGGCAUUUGGUUCUCUGUCUUAGGAUAUUUUCUUUGGUUGGUUAUUUCCCAGUUAAUCAAAACUUUAAACACCCUGUGUCAGUAGAGCUUCUUUAAUAAUUAGUUACAACUUCUGUGUAAUAUGUUAUUGAACAUAAAAUAUUUUACCACGAACUUUGCUCUUCCAUGAGGGAGCCUCACACUGGCAGGAAAGGAAAGUAAGGAGGAAAACAAGAGAUGGGGUGGAGGACAAGCUUAGAGGUUGGGACUGAAAAGUAAAGCAAACUGCUCUAAAUUCAAGGUUUAUGAUCAUCAGUGUUUCUUUUCUUUCUCAUAAAAGACUGACAAUUUUUUAUUCCUUCCAAUAACCAUUAAACAUUCUGUCUUACCUUUGUUCUCACCUUGACAUGUUAGUUUUUACAUUAAAAAAGCUUAAAUAAGGUUUAUUUUUUUAAGCAAAUAAAAACUUUAAUUAUAUCUUAUUUAAACUAACCAAAGGUCAAGCUUAUUGUCAAAACACCAGUGGAUGAUCAUAAUUUGAAAAUUGUUUUACAGUUCUUCAGCUCUGUCAGAGCAGUAUCUUUGUAUUUCAUUAUUGAAAGGCAAAUUUAUUUUAAAGCCACUGGCUGAAUAUUUGCUUAUAAAAUUUUUUUUCAUAUUUGUAUUCAAAUCCGUUGCUGAUUAAAUGCAUGAAUUUAAUGAUCAGAUGGCCAACUGUAUUUGUUUGACAUUUCUUGAGGAUGUAUAGUCUUCUUUCUCUCUCAGUGGGAUCAACCUGUUAAAAAAGUAUGCAUUGUGAGAGUCUUGCCAAAAGAGAGCUCUUCCUCUUCUUCACAAGCCUUCCUGCAGAAGUUCACCUUUCAGUCACCCCUCAGCUCCUUGUUGUUAAUUAAAUUCCGGAUAUAUGUGGAAAGACUGACAUUCUCUGUGCCUUUUACCCCAUCUGGGAAGGUGGAGUAGAAUCAGGCCAACUGGCACUCAGCUGGACACAGGCCCUGGACUUUUUCCAGGACGCAUUCCAGGUAGGUGAAAUGUCUUGGUCUGUUUUUCAGAGACCCUGGGACAGCAGCAGACUCAGGGUAAGGCACUACAUGAGUAGGCUUGUUGGAGCUCCUUUUCCAGGCUCCCAGCCAUGUGCCAGGGCACUUUUCCGCACCUGCAUCCCC